AUGGGGGGAGGCCACCACCGCAGGCUACGCUCUACCACACCGGAGUACGACUUGGAUGGUUUCGAGUUCUUCACGAUCAUACUUGAGAAUUCCUCCAAGAGGCAGAGCCUGCCUGACACUUUUAUGGAGAUGCUGGACGGCCAUCGGCCAAAGAAUGUGAAGCUGCGGCAAGUCGGCAGCGGGCUUCGCAAGCUUUGGGACGUGGAGGUGGUGAUCAGGAACAACCACAUGUACCUGUGUCGUGGAUGGGAGCAGUUCGUUCGUGCCUACGACCUGAGGCACGGGUACUUCCUUGUCUUCGGGUACGACGACGACGCCAUGCUCACCGUGAAGGUGUUCAACACGACUAUGUGCCGCAUGCGCUACCAGGACGACGACGAUGCCCGCAAUCGGAGCAGCGGAAGCGACUCUGGCUACAGCAAAAGCAGCAACGAGUCUGGCUAUAGCGAAAGCAGCAACAAGGAUGAUCCGGAAUGGAGUGGGGAAGAAGAGGAGCAAAGUGGGGAUGAGGAGGUGCAGCCUAUUCUGUCUGACGAUGACCUCGCGAUGAGUCUGGAGCAGGCCGAUGAAGAGCUCGGUCGUGUCAAAACACAAAUAGAGGACAAGCAAGGAGCUACGGCCGAGGUGGAGUCCCUCAAGAACGCGCUGGCCGAGGCCCAGAAGAAAGCGGAGAACAAGCCACCGGCAAAAAGCACGAGUCAAGGGUCGGGGAGGUUCAGCAGGAGCUAA